AUGAUGAUGAUGAUGAUGAUGAUUAUGAUGAUGAUUCUGAUGAUGACGAUGAUGAUGAUGACGAUGAUGUUCUUGAUGUUGAUGAAUGGGAUGCUGACUUUGAUGAUGACGAUGAUGAUGAUGACGAUGAUGUUCUUGAUGUUGAUGAAUGGGAUGCUGACUGAUGAUGAUGAUUGUGAUGAUGAUGUUUCGGAUGAUGAUGAUGAUGAUGAUGAUCUCGGAGAUGAUGAUGAUGAUGAUGAUGAUGAUGAUGAUGAUGAUGAUGAUGAUGAUGAUGAAUCUGAUGAUGAUGAUGAUGAUGAUGAUGAUGAUGAUGAUGAUGAUGAUGAUGAUGAUGAUCAUGAUGAUGAUGAUGAUGAUGAUGAUGAUGAUGAUGAUGAUGAUGAUGAUGAUGAUGAGACAUGA